AUGCCUCGUCAAGAGAGAGCACCAGAUCGCUCAAAUGCCCUCAUAAGUACACUCAAUGCCACUCUGAAACGUCGCGAAGCUAAAGCCGCGCGACGUCGCCUGACCAUCCUACCCAAAACGGCUGUUGAUUUUUCCUCAAACGACUUUCUUUCCCUGGGAACAUCCUCCGCAUACCGCGACAGGUUCCUAUCUCAUGUGAAUAAUGCUCCAAAAUCAUUCCCUUUUGCCAGCGGUGGCUCCCGACUGCUAGAUGGCAACUCCGAAUAUGCCGAGGACCUCGAGCGCUUUGUCGCGGACUUCCACGAUGCACCUUCAGCCCUCUUAUUCAACUCAGGGUAUGAUGCAAAUGUUGGUGUUCUAUCAAGUAUCCCGCAGCCGGGCGAUGUGAUCUUGCACGACGAGCUCAUCCACGCGAGUGCGCACGAAGGCAUGCGGCUGUCCCGCGCGGGCCGGCGCACGGCGUUUGCCCAUAGCUCGCCGGAAAGCCUGAAGCAGGCCCUGCAGGCGGAGAUUGAGCAAGACCACAAAGUUGUGGCUGGCAAUCGGAAUGUUUUUAUUGUCAUCGAGUCGAUCUACAGUAUGGAUGGCGAUGUGGCUCCUAUCAAGGAGUUUGUCAAGGUGGUGGACGAGCUUCUUCCUAGCGGAAAUGGCUAUUUUAUGGUAGACGAGGCUCAUGCGACUGGGGUCUUUGGCCCUCGAGGGGCCGGUGUCGUCCAGGGCCUGGGGGUACAGGACCGCAUGUUCAUUCGGGUGCAUACAUUCGGCAAAGCCUUAGCGAGCCAUGGAGCCGUGGUCCUUUGUGACCCAUCAGUAAAGGACUACCUGAUCAACUAUGCCCGUACUCUGAUCUACACAACUGCUCUCGGGUUCCCAUUUCUGGCCUCUAUCAGAACCUCCUAUGAGCUCUUGUCUUCUGGUCAAACGGAGUCGUCUCAGAGGAUCGUGCAAGAAAAUAUACAGCGUCUUCGUAUGUGCUUGAAUGAUCUGAAGGUACAUCCAACAGUCAUGUUUGAGGUUGAUCAUUUCCCAAACUCCCCAAUUCUUUCGCUCCGGACCGCCUUCCCUCGCGAACUCGCUGCUGCUUGCCAAAAGCACGGGUACGUCGUCCGAGCUAUCAUGGCGCCGACUGUGCCGGAGGGCCGAGAGCGAGUGAGGGUCUGUCUACACGCAGGCAAUACACCAGAAGAAAUAGAUGGGCUGGUAAGGACCAUUCAAUCAUGGCUGGAUUCGGUUGGACGGAGGGAUACCAAACUAUAA